AUGGCAAACGACAUUGACACGCUUGUUAGUAUGGGAUUCUCACUACCCAAAGUGCUUUUAGCUCAUCCUGAAGUUUCUGAUGAACCAGAAGAAGAAAUUCCUCCUCAAACAUUAGGAAGCGCAAGUAGUUCUUCUUCUUCUACUACUACUACUACCAACAACGAUGAAGGCGAAAUUAAGGAUGGUGAACAAACUGCCCAAAGUUUGAUCUGCAACGAUUGUCAAAAACUAUUUCGUGAUGCUACUGGUGCCGAGUUACACGCUACUCGUACAGGCCACCAAAAUUUUUCAGAAAGUACAGAGGCUAUUAAACCAUUGACAGAGGAAGAAAAGAAGCAAAAGUUAGCUGAAUUAAAGGCUCGUAUGGCUGAGAAACGUGCAGCUCGUGAAAGACAGGAAAUUGAGGAACGUAAACAGGCAGAGAAGAUCAGAAGGAAAGCAGGUCAAGAGAUAACGAGUGCAAAAGAAGCUCUAGAAGCGAAGGAAAUGCAAAGAGCAUUGGAGAAAAAGAAGAGAGAGAAGGAAGAGGAGAGACUUGCGAGAGCAAAAAUUAAGGCCCAAAUUGAACAGGAUAAGAAGGAGCGUGCAGCAAAGAGAGAAGCUGCGAAAAGAGCUCAACAGGCACAAGCAGAAGAAGAUGCCGCUGCAGAUGCUGCUGCUCGGGCUAGUGUAAAAAAAGAAUAUACAGAAGCUAGAUUACAGGUUCGUGUUCCUGGAUCUGGUCCAAUAACUCAUACAUUUAAUGUCAAUGCAACACUAUCAGAUGUUUUUACAUUUUUGCAGACUCAAGGAUGUCAUCCUCCUUUUAGUCUAUCUACCACUUUUCCUAGAAAGACAUAUACUUUUGAAGAUCAACAAAAGACAUUAAAAGAAUUAAAUUUAGUUCCAUCUGCUGCUCUUAUUUUAGCAUAUACUCAAUAA